GUCACAUGAGCAUAUGAACUGUAAUCUAUGGUUAAAGUUCAUUAAUGGAACUCUACUCUGACCAGAAACACACCGGUGAAGGUCAGGACACAUGACUGUACAAUCCAACAUCUACGUAAUAUCCAAGUUAGUUUGGAGAACAGGUUCAGCAGAAUAUAAUGCAGGGAUAAACAAAGCUAUUUGUUACUCUGAGGCGACCAAUGGGAGCUCUCCCCCACCAUUCUUAUUGUCAAUCGUCAAACAUAUAAAGGUUGUGGCAAACUGAGGUUAAGUUACAUCUGAAGGUGAAGUGACAUUGGACUGAAGCAGCUUCCAUCCCAAGGCAGCUACAGACAUACAAUUCAGAGAAACUUUGUAAGUACAAUAUUUUUUCUUUUGAUAGAAAGUAGAAAAACGGUUGAUUGUACAGCACAACUUUCAUCAUUUGUGUUUUGGAAACUGUUUAAAGGUUUUCUUUGAUUACGUGAGACAAUAUUUUGCUUUUUCUUUUAGGUGCAAAAAAGAUUCAAGAUGCUCCUGAUCAUCCUGAUUCAACUCCUGAUCGUCGCAUCAGCAAAUGUCCAGGCAACCACCACUGUAGCAGCUACAACUGCAGCACCCACCACUGUAGCAGCUACAACUGCAGCACCCACCACUGUAGCACCUACAACUGCAGCACCCACCACUGUAGCAGCUACAACUGCAGCACCCACCACUGUAGCACCUACAACUGCAGCACCCACCAGUGUAGCACCUACAACUGCAGCACCCACCACUGUAGCACCUACAACUGCAGCACCCACCACUGUAGCAGCUACAACUGCAGCACCCACCACGCCGGCUACUGUUGCCACCACCACCACUAACACUGCUGCACAUGCUGGGAUCGUAUCCGUGAGCAGUCUGGUGUUCUGUCACUUCAGUGUUGUUCUCUUCAUGUCCCUCUGUACAGUGUGACUUGGUUGUACUUGUUUUUUUUAAAACACAUUUAUCAGUACUCACAAAGUAUUAUUAUUUAUAUUUAGAUACACACUGGUGUUGAUAAGAUUAACAAUCCAUAUGAUACAAAGUGUUAACAAUAAGUUUGUGCUUAUUUAUUGUCACUUUCAGAGUAAAGUUACUGAUAACCUAUAAUUUCAUGACUGAUGAAUGACUGUUGAAAUGAUGUUAACCAAGCUGAACUGGUGUCAGUGUUUUCUAUUGUUGGAGCAGUGCUUUAUUAAACCUUUCAUCUGUUGUCGAUGGAACUGUUUUCUUUAAAGUGUAUGUUCAUGUGAAGUAACAAAUCUGCGUUGAGGCCAGAAUUUGGACGGAUUAAAAAAAUAGAUAGAUAGAUAAAUAAAAUGACACAGCAACAACCCUUGAAAAAUAUCUUUAUUUCCUUUAGAUAAGAUCACGUCUGAUCAGACUGGAAACUUGUCCUCUGUUUACUCAUAGUUUGAAUUCUAGCUAUAGUUUUACAUAAUUCAACAUUCAUUUAUUUAUGUUGAAUCAGGCAAUGAGAACUCUGAGCUCUGAGCUUAAAUGCAUCUUAUUCCUGGGUGUGGCAACAUACAUCAAAAUGACUUGUUUAGACUGACAUUGUUUGCCAUAAUGACCUCACCCACAGUUAAAGAAAAGCUUGAAAAGACAAUUGCUGUACAGUAUUUGUAAGCUCUGUUUUGGUACGUGUUUUUUGGAGAAAAUAGGGGAAAAAAUGCAUGUGACUGACUUGAACUGUAAAUAAAUGUCCAAGUUUUGUAAAGA